AUGGCAUUCAAGUCAUGUGUCAAUAGAGGAGGGUUCAAGCAGAUUAAAGAAGUAUACAGGAGCUUUCCAGAGUUGACUCUCGCUCUCCGUGAAGCCAGCAUGGAAAGCUCGCAGAUCAUCUUGGCAUUCGACUUUUCAAAAUCCAAUGAAUGGUCUGGGGAAAAGACGUAUCGGCGUAGUUUGCACGACAUUACUCAAGAAACCCCUUAUGAGAAGGUGUGCAGGCUUCUUAUCCCGGUAAUAACGUCAUUCGACUCGGACAGCAUCAUCCCUGCUAUCCGGUUUGGCUGUAGCGUAUCAAAAGAUCAGAUAGUUUGCCCUCUGAACCCUUACUCCAAGUCCCCGGAGUGCCAGGGCUUUGCGGAGGUUCUGCACAACUAUCGCGAGGCUGUCAGGAUGGUGAAGCUUUCGGGCCCGACGUCUCUCAGCCCCGUGGUUCGGUACGCGAUUAACAUCGUGAAGAAAACCCGGGAAUAUCACAUUCUGAUCAUCCUUACUGACGGCGACCCCGUGUCCAGCGUGGCAGAUGCAGAUGCAAUCGCUGAGGCAUCCAACUACCCCCUCUCCAUAGUUGCUGUUGGGCUAGGUGACGGCCCAUUCAAGAUUCUCCAGUCCUUCGACACACAGUAUUACAACAGACGCUUCGAUAACUUCCACUUUGUCAAUUUCACCGAGUUGGAGACUAAGUUUAUAAACAGCAACAGACCCGACCUGCUUUUGGCAACAGAGCUCUUUGUAGAGAUUCCAAAGCAGUACAGAAUAAUAAGAAAACUUGGCUUGCUCUGA